GGAGAAAUGUUGCUAAGCAAUGAGCGGGGAAACUUCCUGAAACCGUGCUGUUGCACAAACAGGGAAGAAACAGAAAAGUGAGGAAAGAAAGAGUCAGUUCAGAGUAGAGACACUCAGCAGAGAUCACUGCAGAGAGAACAAGACAGAAAGAGUGUAAAGUUUGUCCUGUGGAGGAAGAGAGUGGCUGUCUGAAACAUCAGAUCAGGAUGUUUGUUCUCAUCUGGGCGACUCUGCUUUUCUCUGGGAGAAGCAGCAGUGCCUAUACAGGUGCAUCAGAGUGGGGAAGAAGAUCCUGUCAAAGUUAUUAUUACUGUUUCACUCUGCCUGAAGGAGAAAUAACAGCCGAGGCUGGACUCUGUGUUGUGAUACCGUGCUCUUUCACUACUGCUUAUGGAUUUAAACCUCAAAAUAUGGUUUGGUUCAAAUGUGAACCAACUAAACAACAAUGUGAUGAUUCAGACAUGAUAUUCCACUCAGAUAAGAACAUAAGGAUUCAACCUUCAGAGUUUAGAGGACGAGUGUCUCUGCUGGAGCCUGAUGUGAGUCAGAAGAACUGCAGCAUCAUCAUCAAUGACCUGAAGGAGUCAGACUCUGGAUCAUAUCAACUCAGAGUUAAUGGGGACUGGUAUGGGAGUGCAGACAGAGUUACAUACUCUACAAGAGCAACUGUGUCCGUCAAAGGUCUGAGUCAGAAGCCCACAGUGAUGGUUCCUCCUCUGACAGAGGGACAGCAGACCACACUGACCUGCACUGCUCCUGGUCUCUGCUCUGGAUCUGAUCCUAAAAUCACCUGGAUGUGGAGAGGAGCAGGAGAGAAGAACUCCCCCAUCACAGGAAACAUCACAACCAAUCAGGGACGAACCUCAACUUUGACCUUUAAUCCUUCAGCUGAACACCACGGCACCAAUCUCACCUGUAAGGUCCGUUUUAAAUGGGCCGUGAUUACAAAGGAGACCGUGACUCUGAAUGUGACCUAUGUGAAGGAACUUAGAAUCGCUGGGAAUUUAAGUGUGAAGGAGGGUGAGACUCUGAAUCUGAGCUGCACUGUAGAAGAUUUUCCAUCUCCUUUACUUAUCAUGUGGACUAAAUGUUCUGAUCGAAACAUUCAAAAUGGAACAGAAAUUAAUCUACAGAACAACACAUUAACUGACCUGCAGAACAGCAUGGCCACUCUCUCCAUCACUAACAUGACAGCAGAAGAUUCUGGACAGUACACCUGCACAGUCAAACAUCUGAACAAGACCAUGAAGGAGAAUGUUAAUGUAACAGUGAUAUUUGUGAGGAAUCCUGUGAUCACUGGGGAUACAACUGUUAAGAAGGGAGAUGUCCUGAAUCUGACCUGCAGCGUUCAAAGUUUCCCUCUAUCUCAUAUCACCUGGACUAAAUUUGGCUCCAACACAAACCUGCAGAGCGACUUUGGGUCAGCCACACUUGUCAUCCCUGAUGUGUCAGCAGAACAUUCUGGUCAGUACAUCUGUACAGCAGAAUACCUGGACAAGAAUGUGACUCUAUAUCCUCAAGUAACUGUCACUUGGUUUUCAAAGAUCUUAAACAGCUCUGGAUGUGAGGCUCAGUCAGAGGUCAUGACCUGUGUAUGUAUGAGUGAGGGGUUUCCCUUACCCACCAUCAAAUGGCCACUGUUGGAAAACUACAAUGUGCACUCAGCAGUUACCACUGUGUCAAACACCACAGUGAGCAGCACCGUCAUCCUAACUGUAAAAGAUCACAGGAAUACUGCAGUUGAGUGUAUCAGCAGCAAUGAAAGCGGGGAAGCUAAGGAAAACCUCACCACUCGAAUGAGCGAGGGCAAGACUGAAGAAGAUGAUCAAUCCAAGAAAUUAUUUAGAAUUGUUUCACGGGUGGAAACCAUCAUUGCCUUUUUUAUUGGUAUUCUUCUUGCAACAAUCAUUUUCUUUAUGGCAAAAAAAUGCCACAGAAUAAAACACAAUAGCCCUGUGAAUCUGGAUGGGACUCUAGAGAUGGUGACCAAUCAAGAAGAUCCACUGAUAUAUGAUGGUCAAGCAGUAGAAGAUGAUCAGACCCAUGGUCCACAGCAGGCUGAAUAUGUGGCAGAGAAGAAAACAGCCCCUGAACUCAACAGUGAGUCAAAAGACGUGGAGUACGCCAACAUUGAUUUCUCACUUUUGAAAAGAAGGAGUCCCAUGGAGGCAGCAAGGAAGCAUGAAUCCACAGAGACGGAGUACGCUGAAAUCAAAAAAGCAGUAAUAGAGGAAAGAGAAGACGAUGGUCAAGAGGAAGGCGAAAUGUUGGAAGGCAAAGAGGAGGAGGCCAUGAUAGAGGAGAAUGAGGAGACAAACCAUGGUGGCCCAGAAGAGGAGGAAGGGGAGGACAUGGCAGUGUACUCCAAUGUAAAGGACAUAAUGGGUGAGAUUUUCUACCACAGCGCUGUGAUCUUCAAACACAAAUUUCAGCCUGAAAUAAACUCUUCCUUUCCUGGAGGAAAACAACACUGCAUACAGAAUAAUUUCUGUGUCACUUUGACUGAAGGAGAAAUAUCAGCAGAGACUGGACUCUGUGUUGUUUUACAGUGUUCUUUCACUACUGCUGCUGAUUUUAAAGUUGAAAGUGUAAUUUUGUUCAAAUGUGAUCCACCUGAACGAAAAUGUGAUAAAUCUGACACACCAAUAUUUAACUCCAGUAACAGCAAAAAUGUUGAGCUUGACUUUAGAGGACGAGUGUCUCUGUUGGAGCCUGACCUGAGUCACAACAACUGCAGCAUUAUCAUCAAUGACCUGAAGACAUCAGACUCUGGAUCAUAUCAACUCAGAGUUGGUGGUACUUAUAAAGGGAAGGAGGAUGGCUUCACAUUUGAGUCUAAAGCAAAUGUUACUGUUACAGUUCUGAGUCAGAAGCCCACAGUGAUGGUUCCUCCUCUGACAGAGGGACAGAAGACCACACUGACCUGCACUGCUCCUGGUCUCUGCUCUGGAUCUGAUCCUAAAAUCACCUGGAUGUGGAGAGGAGCAGGAGAGAAGAACUCUCCCAUCACAGGAAACAUCACUGCUUCCAAGACUGAGAAUUUAACUGCUGUCACACAGAGAUGCAGUUCAACUCUGUCCUUUAACCCUUCAGCUGAACACCACGGCACAGAGGUCACGUGUAAGGUCAACUUCACAGGAGAUAUGACCACAGAGCAGACAGUGACUCUGAAUGUGAGCUAUGUGAAGGAAUUGAAAAUCAGUGGAAAUACAGCUGUGAAGAUGGGUGAUGCUUUGAAUCUAACCUGUAGUGUCGAUAGUUUCCCUGCAUCUGAUAUCACAUGGACUAUAUCUGGCUCCGACAAAAAUCUGCCUGAAAAACAUAAAACUGAAGCACAAAAACACAGUGGAUCAGUCUCUCUCAUUAUCCAUAAUAUGUCAGCAGGCGAUUUUGGACAAUACAGCUGUACAGCAAAACAUCUGAACAACACACUGACGAUAACAGUUGAUGUAACAGAGAAACCUGUGACCACCAGAACAACAACUGUGAGGAUGGGUGAUGAUGUGUCAUUUUUUACAAAGAUCUCUGCAUGUGAGCUUCAGUCAGACGUCCUGACCUGUGUGUGUAUCAGUAAGGGGUUUCCCUUACCCACCAUAAAAUGGCCGCUGUUAAAGAACUACACUGAGUACUCAGUCAUUACCACAGUGUCAAACUACACAGUCAACAGCACCAUGAUGCUAACUGUGAAAGAUCACAGCAACACUGUUGUUGAGUGUGUCAGCAGCAUUGAUAAAAAUGAAACAACAGAGAGUGACGUAGAACAAGGAGAUUUUCUUGCAAAUUUGUUAACAGCUGUUAAACAGCCAGAAGUCAUCAUUGCCUUUCUGAUUGGGAUACUUCUUUCAGCACCCAUCUGCUGUUUGGCCAGAAAAUGCCACAGAAAAAAGCAGAGGAGAUCUGGAAGCCUGUCUGAGAACCUGGAGAUGGUGACGGCUGAAGCAGUUCCACUGGUCGAUGAUGGUCAAGCAGUGGAAGAUGACGAUAGGACCCACAACCAAGAGGCAGCUGAGGGAGGAGCUGAGGCUGCUUGGCAAUCAGCCCCUGAUGGUGAGGUAGAACCAAAAGAGGUGGAGUACUCCAACAUUGACUUCUCUGCGUUGAAAAGGAAGAGUCCAGAGGAGACACAAGAACCCACAGAGACGGAGUAUGCUGAAAUAAAGAAAGAAGCAACAGAGGAGAGUCAAGACAAUGGCAGCGAGGAAGGUGAAGUGUUGGAGGGCAACAAAGAGGAGGAGGUAAUGAUGGGGGAGGAUUGGGAGACAGAACAGUGUACGCCAGCAGAGGAGGAGGGAGGUGAGGAUGUGGCACUGUAUUCUAAUGUGAAUGAAAUAAUGAGUCAGGCUGAAUGAUUGUGUAGCUCGAUGGAGUCACUUAAGGAUACAUCUCUUUUUUUUCUAAUUGACAAGACAUACAGUGAGGUAAGCUUAACAUUAAACAGAGGCUAGAGCAUGAGAGCAAGAUGGGGUUUGAUAGAGUGCAGAAAUUCAUGCUCAAAUUUGGUGCUGUGUGAUUUGGGGCAUUUUUGUGUGUGUUUGUCUGUUUAUGAGGCUGAUGUAGAUUUCCUUUUCCAGAGAGAAAAAGCAUGUAUGAUAUAUGUAAAAAUAAUGGAUCAAAAGAAGCAGAUACAUGUCAGGCAGAGGUGUAUUUAAAGAUGGGAUGGGCAGAAAGGACAUUAGCAUGGCAGUGUGGAUUGACCUCCUGGAGAGAAGUUGGUCAUGUGUUGUGAUCUGAUGUAAAGGCUUCUCACUUUGACAUGUAAAUGACAAUUCAGCAAGUAGUUUUUACCACAACACUGCCGUCUUAGUGAUUAGCCAUGCAUUCACUCUACUCAACCAUUCCAUUCUAACCACAACAUAACUGUAUAUUUCAUAAUGUAUAUUUCAUUAGACAUGUUAAAUCCAUACAACUUCAGCUUCACAGGACUGAUUGUCCAUUGGGCCAUACUGUCUAUAAAUACUGUAAAUAUAAACCAGGUGAAAAAGUGAAAAGCUGUUGAACAUAAUGUCAUUUUAAGGAAAUAUUUUUACACUUUGUCAUAGAAAUCUUUGUAUGCAAACAAGCUUUGAUUGGUAUCAUUUAAGAAAUAACUGAAGCUCAGAUUACUUUAAAUAAACUUAGAAUUAAAGGUAUACUCUGCAGGAUUUGAUGGUUACUGUUUGUAAAUGCACCAUUCAAAGUUGGCUGAGUGAGCGAGAGAGAGCAGCAGUUCAAGGGUGUGGUGAGAACAAAGCAGUGAAUCAGAAUCUGUUUUCUGACUGUUUCACAGCAAUUAUUAUCUAAAGGACAAAUGAGCAUGCCCACACUUCUGGCACAACCCUGCAAGACGCUGCCACGUUGCCAGAAUUUGCAUGACCGUUGCUGAAGCACACACUUCUUCCUGUCCACUGUCUCUCUGCUUUACCUGUGUGUAGCUCAGUCCCUCAGUCAAACAGAGACACAGCUCUAUACACACAUCCAUGACUGACAGAGAGCAGAAGAGAGAGACAGAGGUUGCUACUUUUUUAUCCCUCACACCCUGCACACUGUUACUGGCUGGGGGGGUACGCACCCACUGCUCAAAGGUUACAGCCCAGAAACAUUCUGAACACAGCAAAAUACGAAGAAAAUACAGGCAGAGGGCAGAUUCUCUGUAGAUAAAUACACCCCUAAACACUUCUAGUGGAAGUGGAGAGUGAGAGGGAUUUUUGCAUUUUUGUAUGCGUCAAUACAUUGUUUUUUUUAGGGAAAAUCCUGCAGAAUAUACCUUUCAUGUAUAAUUACUGUCAAGACUUCAAAGUAGCUUAUUGUAUAGAAUUUUCAUAUUCAAAUGUUGUUGUGAUCUUUUUUGUUUAUAAUGAUUAAAUUUGAUUAAACUGUU